UAUUUUUUACAUUAUAUUUAAUUUUAAACAAUAGUAAUAUUUUUAUCUUUAUAAUUUUAUUAAUAUCGAAAUUGUGUUGAUUGUUGUCGAUGGAUUCCACAGCCGAAGAAACUAACCAGGUACCCGAGAAUAAGGAAAUGACAGAUGUAUCCUCCCAUUUCCAAAUAUUUGAUGAACCUGAUGAUGAAUUGGAGGAAUUUGAUGAGAUCGAAAACAUAGUGACUGUUGAUGAUCCUGAAAUAGCAGAUUGGAACGAAGAUUGGGAAACUGCAGGAUGGGAUGAUGAAGACGCAGAAAGUGAUUUUGUAAAGAAAAUAUUACAGGAACUUGAAAAUUAUCGUAAAACGCAUAACAAUGAAAAUUAAUUGCUUUAUAAUAAAUAAUAUAUACUAGUAAAUUAAAGUGUUAUUUCGCAUAUUUGCUUAAACGAUCACACCUUACGUACGCCUCCCUUUUAACUUCUUUCAUAUGAUUGUCCAAUAUAAGAUUCUUAAUAUCAACUAGUUUGUCGUAAUUUCGAACAGUUUUAUCGUGUUGAGUUUGUUGAAUUAUGGGAGUAAGAAUUGCGAUAUUAGAUUCACUGACGGAAACUUUUAAUAAUUUA